AUGACUGAAACGAGGGGGUUAAGAGGGACUAUCUCUCUGUUACUGCUGCUCCAAUUUACAGGUAAAGUAAACCUUAUAAAAUAUAGACAGUCUCUUCAACACAUAGUUUAAUUUUAAGCUUAACUAACAGAAAACUUGACUCACUCUGUGAUAAUCAUGCAGGACAUAAGAAACAGACUUAAGUUGAAGGAUGUCACAGUUUCAGCCGGUAUUGUGUCAGCCCUGAUGAAGUCAGGGUUAGUUUUUGUUUUUAAAUUGGAGUUACAUGACGUGCUUGUCAACAGUAAGGCUGCAGACGGGAUCUGCUCUACUACCAAAUUUGGCUAACUUCUCUAUAUCACAAGUUUAUGUCUGGAAUUGCUGCAGUGGUGUAGGUGUCAAUGUGAUGUGAUGCAGAGACUCUUUUUGAUGCAUUUUGACCGUGUGAAGAAACUGGGAUGAGAUUUUUGUGACAGAUAACACUACCUUCAUGUGCAGCACAUGAUAAGCAAAGAAAAAAAGAGGUCCACACAAAGCACUUGCGUCUCCAACCAAUCAGAAACUAAUGUCUCUCCGUUGUUGGGAAAUGUUGGGUAGUAGCAGAAUGGCUUAAUAUUAAGCAAAUAAAGAAAACCCAUGAUUUGGAAGCAGUGACUCAUGCAGUUACAAGCAUUUCCCCUCCCUCUGCUGGCCCCCUCAGUAUUCAUUUCAUGCUUCCUGCAGUCUCUGUAAGUUUGUCCACAACUUUGCAAAGUAUACAAAGACCACAAGGGUGCGCCACAAGGGUCAUUGCUUGAUCCUUUUCUUUUCACUGUGCACAAUAUCUCACCUUGUGCAAUUAUCUGCCCGUGUGGUAUCAGACAGCAGAUUAUAAUGAGGGUGCUGAACCUGCUUUUGUGCUCUCUGCUGAACUCUUAAACUGUCCAACAACAAACCAUCAGCUUACAAACUUUGCUCACUCCUCUUUCCAUUGAAUUUCCCUUCGGGAUCACUAAAGCUCCUCCUUCUUUUCUCCUCUCUCUUAUACAGCAGUGACUGGGGAGCUCUAUUCUGUGGUUGUCAGAAAUGGAGAUGAUGUUACUUUGCCUUCAGCACGUGUGAGAGAUGAUGAGUCCCACUGUGCUGGUGUUGAAUGGAUCCUCAUAAAAGGAAAAGAGAUAGAUCUAGUCAAAAAUGGGCAAAUUCUCCAAAAUGCCAACAUUAACUCUGAGAGACUGAGUCUAACAGAAAACUGCUCUCUGGAGAUAAAGGGAAUCACAUCUGAAGAUGUUGGGAUUUACCACUUUGUCUUGGAAAAUUCUCAACCACAGUUCCCUCUGUCUGUUGUUAGCAGUAAGUGUUUACAUCAUAAUAUCCUCAGAUUUUGUGGUGCUUUAAUAAUCUUACUAUCAAAUACCACAGUAAUGCUGUUGUUCUUUGUCAGUGACCAAAGAUGACAACGGUGAGAAGGUGACACUGACCUGCUCGGUGUCUGUACCUGACUGGUGUAGACACACCCUGUGGUGGCUACAUGAGGAUAAAGAUCAAUCACAGACUCCAAAGUGUUCGAUUACAACAACGUUUCCAACGUCUUCUUUCCAAGAGGGGUCAGAGUAUCUUCAUUUGUUCAGUUUUGAGUUGACAGAUGGUUAUAAUAAAGAAAAGCAUCACUUUGAAUUCAGCCCUCGCUCCACUGAUGAGAAACCAGGUGAGAUAAUGUUUGUUUGCAGUUGGACCCAGUUGAUCAAAAGGUUUAAACAAUACUGACUGUUGUGCACAAUAUCAAUCAAUCCAUCUUGGAUUGUUGGUGUUUUUCACUGGGUACCAAUCCGGCACUAAAGAGUGGAGCUAGACACACAGAAAUCUGUGGAGGCUGUAGGAGACUUCAUACUGAGUUAUGUUGUUAUCUUUUGAUCUUUGAAUUAUGACUCCAUGUUAUGUACGUUUUUAGUUUCAUCAGGUGAUGCUUUCAGGUCUUAUAUAAGUGUUGGGCUGGGCUUAUCAGGAAACAGUCUUAUCUAAAAAUAGGUGCUUAUUUUACACUCAGUGAAGAGUAAGAAAGGCACAGAGAUGGAUGCAAAGGGAGAGGGAGAUCACACUAUUUCCUAUAACCUUAUGUUAAUUCCUAAUUUACACGCAACCAAUUGAAAUUGUAACAACUUCUGAGUGAAAGUUCCUGCAAAGAGUGGUGCAAGUUGCAUCUUCUACCAAACAUGUCCACAAGCUCAAAGAUCUUCACAAGUAUUUUCAGUAGAUAUUUUACAUUUGAUAAACCAGCAGAAAUUUGAGUCAGUCUAUUAUUUCAUGGAUAACCUGAUCCCAUUUUUUUGGAUCAAAGUUCCCCAAUCCUACUCAGAAGUUUUCCUCACAGAUUUGAGAUUUUCCAGAGAUGAAAAUCAACAUUUGGUUCCCUGACAAUGUCCUGUUUUAUUAUCACAGCUCCUCCAAACAACCCACUCGGUAGAUUCGAUCUAAUAGCUUCAGUGCCAUCAGUUUACAUUUGGACAACUGGGCCCUUGCGCUAAUUCCAUGUUUAUUGACUGCAUGUUGUUGAUUCUUUUUAUUUUAGUCAGGCAAAGUUUUUACAAUUUGGACUCCUUCAUUUUUCCAGAUAUGGAUACAUCAAGAGCAUCAACAGCAGCAACAGAAACUACAGUUACAAAAAGCCAAACACCAAAGACCAACUCAGCAAACCCUGUCACGGAUGGUACCCUAGUGACACAGAAAAAUUGCCUCUUUUCUUCUUUUCUCUGUGUUUUCAGGGUUUUUGGUGCCAAACUUUAUUUUGAAAACUUCAGCAAACAUGUUUGUAAUUUGCUUUCCAGGUUGGUGGUUGUACAUCAUUGUUGCGGCAGGUUCAUUGGCACUUCUGAUCAUCAUUGUGCUGUUUAUCACAUGCAGAAGGAAAAAAGGUGAGAACAUAAAUGUAUAAAAAUAUCACUGAUAAAGAGUUCAAACUAAACUGUAUUUAGUGGUGGAAAAUUAACUUGACUUUGUUCUUUCAGGCAACAAAACAAAGAUGGCCGACAGCACUGUGAGUUUACUGUCUUAACAAAGCUAAUGAGGUAUUUGUCUGUAUGAGUGUGGCUGUGAGAAAGUUCAUAAACCUUAACAAAAUAUCACUUCUGGUAAAGCUCUAAUGAGGAGAUUUUUUAUGUUUAUGAAAUAGACUGAAAUUCAUAUUGAUGCCUUUUUGUAAUACCCCGAAGUGAACAAGACCGAGGGUGACCUACAUAGAUUGUUUGGUUCAGAUCAGAGUUUGCAUGGCUGAGAUAAAAACUACUUCCUGUUUCAUGGUUAACACCAAACUUUGGUGUUUUGAUGAAACGCCUUCGGAAAAUGACUGAAACCUAAAAUACAUGGUCAUGGCUGAGGUCUACUCUAUCUGCAAAACUUCUCUGAAGUGGAUCGGAUGAGCUUCCCCACCUGGAGGAGUUUAAGUUUGAGGGACGCCUGGUGAUGACCCAGAAAGCAGUAAUUUUUACCCGACUUCCUGUUGACAUUUCACCACAACAUUAAGAUUUUUUUUUAAGUUUUAGGAACCUGGAAAUGUGUGACAAGUGUCAGGUCUUAUGCUGAAAAACAGGUAACCGUGGACAGUAUCUUGAAAGUUUCAAGGAGCACUAUAGAGUUAAUUUCAGUCCAUCAGUUUAUUUAUAUUGCACCAAUUCACAAGUGUUUUCCCAAGACCCUUAACAACAUCAGCUGGUCUAGACCUGACUCUAUUUACGAAGACCCAGUGUAAGGAUGGGAUCAGACUGAGCUCCAUCCUGUAAGAUCAGACCCACUCAACGGGAAGAAACCUCGAGCAGAACCAGACUCAUGUUUCACAGUUAUUGGCAGUAGGCUCGUGGCAGCAGUAGCUCAGGAGGUAGAGCGGUUGGCCAAUAACUGGAAGGUUGGUGGUUUGAGUCCCACCCAAUCCCUAGUCCGUCCAUUGUGUCCAUGGACAAGACACUUAACCCACCUUGCUCUCAGUGUCUGUGUCCUCCACUGGUGCAUGAUUGUGAGUGUUGUGUGGUAGUGGUCGGAGAGGCCGUAGGUCCAAACUGGCAGCCACAUCUCUGUCAGUCUGCCUCAGGGCAGCUGUGACUACUAAGGUAGUUUACCACCACCAGGGUGUGACUGUGUGAGUGAAUUAAUGAUGUAUCCAAUGUCAAGUGCUUUGAGGGUCACUGACAAAAAGCGCUAUAAAAAAAUCUGAUGUAUUAUUAUUAUUAUUAUUAUUAUUAUUAUUAUUAUUAUUAUUAUCUACUGAGACUAAGCUGGACAGAGAAAAGAUUGAUGCAGCCGGAGAUCAAGCAGGUCCAUGGCAGCAAACCGUCUGCGAUCCAGAAUAACCCACAGUAUGAUGGCAUUCAGAGACACCCUGAAAAGACUGUGUAUUUGUGAAUCUGUUGGGACAUGAUGAGGACACAGAUGGAUAGAGGAGGACUUUGUGAAUGAACUUCUCUGUAAUGUUUUGUUCAACUGGAUGCAAAAACAUAGUCACUUUGAGUGUAACGGUGUGUAGAUUAAGCUCUAAAAGGACUGUCCUUAUAUUUCUGUCACAAGAUGAACUUUCAUGGUGGUCGACAAAAACACUCCUGAACUUUAAUCAUAUUCCCCUCUAGUCCUCUAAAGCCUCGUCUACUUGUAGGUGGACAUUUUUGAAAAGGUGCUUCUUCUGUGAUUAUUUUUAGCCAUUUGAUGAGUUGUCUGUUGUCAGGAUGUUUUUUGAAAUUGAAGGAGGAAAGACUGUUUUCAAAGAUACAUACUACACAAGGACUAGGUCUAACAAGACAAAGCAAAACAAGUAAGACAGAAAGAGAUUUAAUGAGUUUGGUGGGAGGUGAUCAGCUCAGCUCAGCAUGAAAAGUGUGGUUUUUAUUUUGUUGUUUGUGUGCCUUCAGGAGCUGAGUUUGAACCCCCCUUUGGCCCCUCAGUCUGCUCCAGAAACCAGUCUAGACAUGGUGAGAUAACAACAGAGACUUAAACCCACAUGUCUCUGAAAUGGUGCUUGUGUUUAACACUUAAUGUUACAAGGAAAUGGAAGGCGGUCAGCUUAGAUCAGUUUUAUCAGAUUAGAGAGAAAUAUGUCAGACAUGAGUCAACUAAUGAGUGACACACAAGUUAAAAAAAACAGAAUACCACAUUUUCUUUUUGUGAUGCAGGUCGAUCCUGAAAAUGACAUUUCUUACGCUGCAGUGAGCUACACCAAGAGGACCAGCAGGAAAGCACAGGUAGGCCCCGGUCCAAUCAGCAGAGAAAAGCUGCAGAAGAAGAGAUAAAGUGGAGCAAAUGAUCAGUUUGUAAAUAUAGUAAACAGUUUCUGCACCUCUAUUUCUCCUCUGCUUCUCAGGUUCAGAGUAAAAAAAGUGAAGAUGAAGAUGAUUCAGUGACCUACAGCGCUGUGAAAAAGUCAUCGUCUCCUGCUGUGGCCUCUGCUGAUCCAAGCUCUAUCUACGCCACCGUCAACAAACCAAACAAAUGA